CUGGCAGGGGUGUAGGGCUGAUAGGCUCGCCCGGAGGAAAGCGCAUUACGUAGGCAAGCGGCUCCGCUCAACUUGCCACCUGCGCUGAGAGAGCUGCCGGGGAAGCGAGACCCUGCCGGAGCCCCUCGCCCAUCGCUGGCCACCCACCCGUCCUCCGCCAUGGACUGCUGCAACGAGGGAGCCUGCACAAAGCUGGACGAGGACAUCCUGGACAUCCCCUUGGACGAUCCCGACGCCAACGCGGCGGCCGCCAAGAUCCAGGCUAGUUUCCGUGGCCAUAUGACCCGCAAGAAGAUCAAAGGGGGUGAGAUCGAUCGGAAAACCAAGGACGCCGAGUGCGCCAACAGCACCCGCGGCAGCGACCUCCGCAACGGCGACUAGGUAUGCCCCAAA